GGCAGGAUGGCCUUUCAUCAGUGGCAGAGUUAUAGUCCCAUAACAACAAAAUCCUGAAUUAUUUGUGUUCUGCUGAGAGCUAUUAUGAAAUGCUGAAAUACGUAUUUUGUCAGAUCUUUCACUUCCUUUUUUCUCAUUGCAUCAGAGCAUGUCAAAGCUCCAGCACGUCACUUAAACAGACUUCGGACUUCGGUAAAAGAAGGAUAGUGUGACAGGGUGAAAUCUGCAGAAUGGGUGAAGAUUCGAACUUCUCCUUAGAUUAUGAAUACAAUGACACUGACUACUUCAAUGACACUGACUUCAAAUUCCCAGACUAUGUCAUGGGUACAAACCACAUGCUUGCUCUGGUCUGCUAUGCCCUGGUAUUCAUUGUAGGUGUCCCCGGCAACGCCUUGGUGGCCUUUGUCAUAGCCUUCCGUAUGCCGCGCUCCGUCAACGCCCUCUGGUUCCUGAACUUGGCCCUGGCGGACCUGCUGUGCUGCCUGUCUCUGCCCUUACUGAUGGUUCCAAUAGCUCAGGACCAGAAUUGGUCCAUGGGGCCACUGGCCUGCAGGCUGCUGCAUGGCACCCUCUACCUGGUCAUGUACUGCAGCGUGCUGCUGCUGGUGCUUAUCAGCGUAGACCGCUGGAUGCUGGUCAGCUGGCCCGUCUGGUGCCAAAACUGGCGCCGGCCGCAAUACGCAUCCUGGGUGUGUCUGGGUGCAUGGGUCCUGGCCCUGUUGGGCAGUGCCCCGCAGUUCGCCAUCCUGGAGGCCAAAAAGGAGACACCAGUGAAGACGGAGUGCAAGCCCGUGUUGGCCAGCAUGAAGUCCGCCUGGGCCAUCCUCAUCUUCCGCUUCCUGAUGGGCUUCGCUCUGCCCUUCCUGGUGAUCUGCGUAAGCCACUGGCACGUGUACCAGCGGGCAUCAUUGCGUCAGCGCGAGAGGUCGGCGCGCACUGUGCACAUCAUUUUGGCCGUGGUGCUGAGCUUCUUCCUGUGCUGGGCACCACUGCACGUGCUGGAUAUCACGUACCUGGCUCUGCCUCCCAGCCACCGCGGGCACCAUCUUGCCAUGGCCCAAGUGCUGGCCUUGUGCCUGGCCUACGUCAACAGCUGCCUCAACCCCGUCAUCUACGUGUGCGUGGGCCGCGGCUUCAAGGAGGGCCUGAUGCGCACCCUACGCAAUGUGCUCCACUUUGCAUCCGAGACGCCGACCCACUCCAUAGGAACGACGCAAAACAGAAAGAGCACCACAGCCAACACCAUGGACAGGAAUGUGUGAUCGAGCAUGUACUGAGCUGGUUCCAUGAUGAGGUGGGGGUAUGCUGGGCUAUAUACGAACAUGACAAAAAUGACACCGUAGUUCAUUCAAAUCUUGCCAUAAACGGUCCUUAAUAUA